AAAGUGACAACACAAGCAAUAAUAAAUAUUAAUUUUGUAUUUUAAGUGAUUUCUCUGUAAUAAAUAAAUGUUUAAAUGUUUUUUAAAAUUACUAUCAAUUUUGGAUAACAUUUAAUAAUUGGUAUCGUUCCAAAAAUGUCAGAAGGAACAAAUUCUUUGCAGAGUGAUAAGCAACAAGAAGUAAAACUUGAAAACACGAAACAAGAUGAGCAAGAUUACAGCAAUAUUAUUAUUAAAGCAAAAGCAACUUUAGAAGAUGAAAAAACAUGUCUGAAAACAUUCAUCGACUUUGACAUGUCUUUAAAUGAAGAUAUUGAGGAAGAUGUGAGCGAACCUAGCCCAGAAACAAAUCCCAACAAACCCCACAAAUGCAAAGACUGUGCUAGAACCUUCGUGCACCCAUCAUCUCUAUACGUGCACCAAAGAGUCCACACAGGAGCUCGUCCAUACAUUUGUAAAACAUGCAACAAACGUUUCACACAAUCAGUAUCCCUAAACAACCACCUCAAGUCUCACAGCGAUGAGAGACCUUGGGUGUGUGAAAUAUGCAAAAAAGCCUUCAAAUUCCCCCACAAUCUAACCCGACACAUGCUUUCGCACACAAAACUACAACCUUACAAAUGUGAAACAUGCGCAAGAGCCUUCGGCUGCACGGGUGAUCUUAAUAAACACAUGAUUGUACAUCUUGAUGAAAGGCCUUAUAGUUGUGAUGUGUGCCCUAAGACGUUUAAACGAGCUACUGAUUUGAAGUUGCAUAAGAGUAUUCACACAGGGGAGUUCCCGCAUAAAUGUAAGAUAUGUGAUAGAGGAUUCAAUUCCGUGAGUAAAGUUAACAGACAUGUUUUGAGUCAUACAAAUGAGAAGCCUUUUAAGUGUGAGAUGUGUGAGAAAGCUUUCAGGCGAGUGGAAGAUUGUAAUAAACAUAAAAAGACUCAUAAGAGCUAA